AUGUGUUUGAAUACGCUACUGCAAUAUGAGAGGGAAUUGAUGAUGGGGCCUUUACUACUCGCUCUCUCAGUCUCCAUUGCUCUGCGAACCGAGAGCGCGCUCGUACGACCCGAUCACAGGCCGGAUGACGCGUCGAAAAAUAUUCCAUGGAAGGAAUACGUUCCGCAGACAGAGGGCCUUAAGUCAUCCAGAGGUCAGCCGGGUCCCUCCGAGCGGCAGUCAGAUCCGAAGAAGCCCACGAAUGUAGUCAUGAUUCUCGCCGACGAUAUGGGCUGGAACGAUGCGUCCUUCCACGGUUCUGCCGAAAUCCCCACGCCGAACCUGGACGCUCUGGCUUCCUCCGGUGUCAUCCUUCAGAGCCACUACGCGCAGCCGAUGUGCACUCCGACGAGAGCUGCUCUGCUUACUGGACUGUACCCAUUCCACACAGGUAUGCAGAACUUUGUGAUCCGAACGGGCGAGCCGUGGGGUCUGCCUCUCGAUUACAAAAUUCUGCCGCAUUAUUUGGAUGAGGCAUACUACCAUAGCCAUCUGGUCGGCAAGUGGCAUCUUGGCAUGCAUAACCCCGCUUUUCUACCAACUGCGAGACAUUUCAACACGCACGUCGGUUAUUAUAAUGGCUUUAUCGACUACUUCACUCACGAGCACAUCAGCGUAAGUUCCUUCUCGGCCAUGCCAGGUAAUGACAGCCUCAUCGGUCUCGAUUGGCAUAUCAAUGAAGAGAACGAAAACGAAGAAGGCUACGCAACCCACUUGUUCACGAAGAGAGCCGUGAACCUUAUAGAAAAUCACAAAUCGACGGAGCCCUUGUUCAUACUCCUGUCGCAUUUGGCUCCCCACGCAGGAUGUAAGCGAGACCCUUUCCAGGCAAGAAUUCCUAUCGAUAUUGCACCCCGCGAAUCAAUUGAGAAAUUCGCUCACAUAAAGGACCAGAAUCGAAAAGUCUACGCUGCGAUGGUGGACGAGUUAGAUCAGUCGGUCGGGCAAGUUGUGGAAGCCCUGUACAGGAAACGGCUCUUAGAUUCAACGAUGAUCGUAUUCCUCUCUGAUAACGGCGGCCAGACGACGGGGGUUAUGAAUAAUACAGGUUCCAAUUACCCUUUCCGAGGGCAGAAGCGGACAUUGUUCGAAGGAGGGACGAGGGUUUCUGCCUUUGUGUGGAGUACAGAUAUCGUCAAAAAGCCGAGGAUAGAAUCCGGCUUGAUGCACGUAACAGAUUGGCUACCUACAAUUCUCAAAAGAGCAGGAUUGAGCUAUCCCAGAGAACUCGAUGGUCGUGAUCAAUGGAGCAUGCUCUCCGAGGGGGCACCGUCAGCGAGAGCCGAAGUUCUCUAUAAUCUCAACUAUGUUGACCAAUCGGCGGCCUUGCGGAACGACCGCUUCAAACUAAUCGUUGGUCCAAGAAACGGGGUUUCCCUUCUGAAUGACUGGGACCAACUUCAUAAGGGUAAGCACAGUCGCGCACAGCUUGACGGGAUGAUGGAUGAGAGUCUGACGGCGCGAACUCUCAAGGAGGCUGGGCUCUGGUGGAAAAUGCGGCACGGGGACACCCUAUCAGCCGAUCAUUCUACAUGGCGAGACAAAGCUGAAAUUAAAUGUGGAAGCCACGACAAGACGCUUUGCGACGUCCAUCGUUCGCCAUGCCUCUUCGACUUGGAAAACGAUCCGUGCGAGCUCAACAACGUCAUAGCGAAAUACCCCGCAGUGAGCCAUUGA